AUGUCUGAUCCAGACCAGAGACACUGGGGAAGUGUGAUCAGCACGUUGGUGGCACCACCAAUUCGUGACCAGCAGUCGACGGUACUCGAGAACUCCGUAUGUGCCAGUACUUUGCUUUCUCAGCUCGCAAAGGUCCAAAGGAACGCAAAGGUCAGCAGGAAGAGGAAGCGGCACCUUGGCACAAGCGAAAGAGGCAAUAA